UAGGUACUACGGGGAAGAAAGCUGUUAGCUCUGUUUGUCCCUAGCCGAGCUUGCAGCACAGAAUCGACAGGAUGCGUGGGCGGCAAGACGAAAAAGCCGCGUCCGAGGUUGUGGACGCUUCCAGACACAAGACUGAUUUAUGCAGCAGGCGCUCCUUGGCUGCAUCUGCAAUGCUAGCUCAAGGCGAGAAUGCUUUGGGCACGUUGCCAUCUGCGUCCACAGUCAUCCUGGCGCAACUGCCAUGGUGGAAAAGGAAAGUAUCAGCAACGUUCUCACACCUACACUGUCCUUAUUGGCCACAGAAGAGACCAGGGUCACGAUGUUGGGCAACCAUGACGAUAAGAGCAGUCGGACAAGCUGAAGCCGUUGCAGAUGCGGUCUCGUCACCGGGAGGUAUGGUGACAAGCUCGAUGUACUGACCACUUCGGAGUGCCAUGACGAGGACGGGGAUCGCUAACCUCCACUAGAAUGUUGCACAGACACAGACGAAAUACACAGAUGAAAGAGGCUAUUUACACUGGAGCCAGAAAGCCAGCCCGACACUCGCUCACGCCAUAAGCCCAGACACACUUCAUCUCUUCCUCGCGGCGGCUUGCCUUUUGAGCAUCUCUCGAUGAGAUUGUAAUAAUAUGAAUGUCUGUACUAUAUAGUGUGGUGUGUAGUGCGUGAC